AUAACAACAACUAAAAACAUAGAAAUUUCUAAUUUACAAAUAUCGAUCCAUCUAAUAGGGUAAUCUAAAGUUGUCUUAACAAUUUCAUGAUGUAUAUAUAUGCAUACUACAUCCAAAUAGUUCAGAUGAAUGAAUAGAUGCUAAAACAUACAUAUACUAAUGUAUAAAGUAGUAUGGAGACAAUUAUCAGAGUUAAUCUGUAUGAUCGAGAUUGAAACUAAUGGACAAGCUAAAAUUUUAUCAUGGGAUAAUAAUAGUAAUGAUUCAAAUCAGUCAGAUGAAAUACAAUUUCGCGUGAAAAUCUCUCCUAAUGAAGGAUUAUACGCUCAUGCUGAAUAUGAAUUUGAGAUCAUAAUUCGUUUGGAACAUUAUGGAGAAACUCCAGUUGUUCGUUGCAUGAGUCAUAUAUAUCAUCCAAAUAUUGAAGAUUAUGAUAUUGGUGGAGCUGUUUGCCUUAAUUUACUUCAAAACUGGAAUAUUGGAAUGGGCCUUAAAGCUAUCAUUAAUGGUUUACUGUUUCUAUUCUAUGAACCUAAUGAACAAGAUCCAAUUAAUGAGCACUUUAUUAUUCCAUCUGGAUCUAGUUUUCAACAAGCAGUUAUCGAAUCUUUACAAGGAGGCAGUUAUUCACAUUAUUCAGGACUACCAAAUAAAGCUUGGUGUAUUUGGUAUAAUAAAAAUAAGAUAAUGGAACAAAAGGAUUCAAAUGAAAUUAUUGAGAAAAAUAAUAAACCAGAAAAACAUUUAAAAUAUAACUAUAGAAAAUAUCUUGGAUGUAAUAUACAUGAUGAAGUUAUUGAUCAGCAUCUACAUGAAGAAACUGAUGAACAAUAUGACUGUGAAUAUCCUAGUGAUCAAAAUAAUAGUCCAUCGAUCGCAUCAGAGAAACAAGUAUAAAUCACUGUUAAUUUUAUUCUGUUUUCAAUGUCAAUAGUCAAUUAAAUUCUAUUCAAUUUAGGCUUUUAUAGAACUGGGAAGUCAUACAAGAAUUAAUAAUCAACCAAUGCUUAUUUUUACUAUAUUUAGAUGAAGCAAAUCAAAUAAAUAAGAGAGGAAGUUAACUAUAAAGCCAGUGGAUAAUUUGGAUAAAAUAAACAUACUUUUUGUGAUAGUCUAAUGAGUAGAAAAUUGUAUAUCUGACAUUUUGUGACUUAAUCUAAGCCACUUCUUCAAAGUAAACAAAUAACCGAUAUUAAAUUAUCACAAAUUUAAAUAACACAAAGGAAACAAUGCAAAAUAUUUUUAGUACAAUCAAAACCACAAUAGGUCUAAAUAUAUCAAUGUCAAGUUAUUUUUGGUCAAGAUAAAUUUGUGUGACAUGUCAUUGUAUUGAUUUUUGCGUCUGAAGAUGGGUAUGAAAAAUGUAUACAUUUGUA